AUGGUGGAGAGAAGGAGCACCCGCAUCGCGGGCCAACGCGCCUCGUCGGUUCCGGCCGACACCAAGACCCCCAUCGACCGGAAGGCGGCGACGAAGACGGCGAAGAAGCCGUUCGUCUGCGGCGACGUCGUCGACCGCAUCACCACUCUGACGGGUCUCUCUGUCCUCGACAAGCUGACGAAGGACAAUUUGAAAGAAGUUGUCGCGGCCCUCCGCGACCGAUACAUCGAGCGCGGCAAGCAGCUGGAGGGCGAGCAGGAGCGUGCUGCACACCUCAACGACGACCUCAAGCGCGUGACGCAAGAGCGCGACCGCUCGCGACACGUCGAGCCAGCAAUGCGCGCCGACCAGCUCCGCAUCCAGCGGCUCAAAGCUGCCGACGCCCACCGCGCCGCCUCCUCCGCCGACCCCGCCACCAGCAUGCACGACGACUCUCCUCCCGAGCCAGAGCCGGAACCAUCCCCGAAGGAGAUGGACAGGCCGGCCGAGGUCUCAGACACCACAAACACCGACAAGCAAGAAGCAACGUCGACAAACACCCAGUCAUCCACCCAGUUAUCCAUCCAGUCACACACACGCUCUUCCUUGCUCGGCCGCUUGUGGAACCCUCUCCGCAAUUUGCUCUCCGAGCCCUCAUCAUCACCUGCCAAGAGCAGCACAAACCCACAGCCGCAGCAGAGUCUCGGCGAACUCCCUGCCAAUCGAAAGCGGCCAGCAUCAGAGCACGAGCCAGAAGUGACUGCGCCAGCAACAAAGGCACCACGCACACACACCACAUCUACGCCAAAGGCGAAACUCCCUCGUCGGGCAAACGCGACACCUCCCCCUCGCACCCACACCCCUCACAGCAACUACGCCGUACCUGGCAGCAUGCUUGACACCAUCUCAGAACACACGGAGGAAUCAGAGGCCAGCAUUCGCGGCACUCCAGCCCCAAACACACUCAACCGUACCUCACUCAACACUCCCGCUCCUCUCGACACUCCCGCUCCUCUCAACGUGGAGACUCCACGCUCCCGACGCUCUAUCCAAACCGUCAAGCAACAGCAGAGACUCCAAGCAAACGCGCGCGACCAGACCCCAGCACGAGUAUGGGACACAACCCCGCGUCCGCGUAGGAUCGACACGAGACCCGGCAAGUUCGACUUCCUCUUGGGCAGAAAGCGUCCGAUUUUUGAAAUCCAACAAGAUGAAGAGAUGGAGGAGUUUUACAUGCGCCCAGUGAAGCGCGUCAAGGUCGAUGAAAUCGCCGAGAUACCACAUCGUCGCCCAGGCGACCGCCCAGGCACCUUCGCCGUGCCAGAAAUCGACUCGGACGGAGAGCUGGAGGUCGAUGAAGACGUCGAGAUGGUCGGCAACCUGUUCGAGAUACCACAAGCAGAGACGCAGAAGGACAGUGGCAAGCAGCCUGCGCGCAAUGUCUUGGCCGAGACCUCUCCUCCCGCCAACAACUGGACCUUCCCCUCCGUGGGUGAGCAGCCGCCAGCUGAGCAGCCCACCGAGGUCACCGUCACCGACGAAUGGGCCUUCCCAAGCGUGGGCGAGCGACCAGCAGACGAGUCGCAGAGCGACAUGGCCGACUUCCUCGGCAAGAAAUUCGCCUAUGGCUUCGAGGGUUGGAAGCGUGGGCUGAACCUUGUCGAGUGGUGA